AUGUCUACGUCUACUUCUUCUCCCCCACCGACGGCCGGUGACACGGCACCCGCGUCCGUCUCCGGCGCCACUCCGCUUGAACCGACUCAAAAUCCGAACGCGCACCACAGCACGCACCCGGCCUCGGCAGCCACAUCCACCUCAUCGGCCAGCCCCGCGCCGUCCUCGUCGCUCGCGACGACGCCCGCGCCCGACACGGCGCACGCUACAAUGCCAUCCGCGCCGCUCGCGCCGUACGCGCCGGUCCAGCCGCCGAGCAUCUGCGGGGUGUGUCAUCAGGAGGUCAACCAGCCGGGGUACAGGACGUGCGUGCGGUGCCGCAUGAAGCGCAACGCGGCGCGCAAGAGACGUAUCGAGCAGCGCAAGCUCGAGUCCAACGCGAAUGCGAAUGGGAACGCGAAUGGAAAUGGGGAUGUGCCGGGGACGGGAGCCAGUACGCCGUUGAAGGGGUUGAGGCUGGAAGAGGAGGGCACGACGACGGACGGGAGCGUGGCGAGCGAGGGGGACGUUGCGAUGGAGCAGGAGCAGGAGGAGGGGAGCGAGGCUAUGGAGCCGGACCCGGAGCCGGAGGAAGAGGAGGAGGAAGACGUCGAGACGUCGGCUUGGGACAGGAAACGCGCGACGCUGCUUGCGGCGAGUGCUGAGCUCGGCACGGCCGUGGCCACGCACCAGGCUGUGGCUGCCACCGACGCGGAGAUCGGCGCCGGGGCCGCUGCGGCUGCCACCGAAGCCGAAGCCGAGGCCGAACAGGAACAGGACGAGCUGGACGAGCUGGACGACGACGACGUGGAGAUGAAAGACGACCGCGCGCUGUCGCCGCCUACACCUCUGCCGGAGGCCCCUGCUCCGCCCCCUGCCCCUGCCCCGCGUCCCCCGCUCGACGUCGCCCGUCUCGACGCAGAAUUCGAAGCACGACAGCGCGCGCUCCUCCAAGCCCGCACCUCAUCCGCCUCCGUCCCCCCACCAACAUACAUCCCGCCCCCAGCCGCAUCGGCCUCCGCACCGGCACCCGUGCCCGCGGUCCCGCAGCGCUUCGACGGCCCGCCCUGCACGGUGUGCAAAGGGCCGCGCGACAACGCAAAGUACAAAACGUGCGCGACGUGCCGCGCGCGCUCGCGCGAGUCCUGGCGCCGCCAGAGCGCAAAACGCAAGGCGCUCGCGGCGACGGGCGGCCAGCCGACGCCCGCGAGCAGCGCGCGUCCGACGCCCACCACGAGCCGCGCGAACUCGCCUGUCUCUACCUCUGCUCUCGCUUCUUCUGCUCCUCCUAUGGCCGUACCGAACGCGCCGAUGAUGGCGCCGAACUUAAAUGCGGGGCCGAUGAUGGCGCCGAUACCGGUGUACGACCCGCCGCCGCCUGACCCGGGCGCGCCCAUACCGGGAGGGACCAUUAUCAGCGGCAUGGGCCACCCCGCGCUCCCCGGGCCACCGUCGAUCCCGAUGCUCGCGCCCAUACCCAUCUCGAGCGCGCCGACGCCCCCCGUCGACCCCGAGAAACAGCGCCGGCUGUGCUCGUCGUGCCGCAGCGCGCUGGCACCCCCUCGGUAUCGGACGUGCGAGCACUGUCGCUGGAUCGCGCGGCGCGACGCGGCGGCGCAGAGCGGGCAGCCGUUCACGGAGAGCGAGCCGCCGACGAGCAGGCUGGGCGCGCGGAGAGGAAGGAAGAGGCUGAAUCCGGCUGAGCCGAGGGUCGAGCGGCCGGGCAAGAAGAGGAGGGUGCUGUUUGAGGUUGAUGAGGACGAGUAUACGUUUGAGGGGGAGGCGCUGGAUGUUGUGCGGGGUGUGGUUUUGGGUUCGCAGGGGGGAGGAGGGGAGGGGCCGGGGG